UUCACAGCCGUGAAAGUGGCGGAGGCGGACAUUGUUGUGGUAACAGUCCAGCUCCAGAGGAUGAGCAGAGAUGAUGCACUUACUUUGAGCGGAUAAACACCGAGAUUGGAUUUUGAUUUAUUUUGUUUGUUUGUUUGUUUUUGUAUCUAAAUAAUGAAUCGAUUGUGAAGAAGCUGCUGCACCGUUACGGACUCAUCCUCCAGCCACCGGGGAACGGAGUUCAUUCAGCCGAGGCGAGCGAAACACAGCCUGGUGAGACGAUGCCAGCGACGUAAAAACACAACAUCUGCAGGGUGUGCAUCCGAGGCUGCUGGAUUAAGCCUCCGUGGAUCAACGGGGCCUUUGUCCAUACAGCACAGAGGAGCCCACGGGGAGGCUGUUGUCUACAAAAUACAGCGAGGAGGUAAAAUAAGGACAGUUGUGCUCCUGGAGGCCUUUGGAGAACACAGCCUGUUGUUGGGAAGAUGACAGAUUGACAUUAAUGAGGGUUUGCGCUGCGUUUUCAUACACGACCUCAUUAAGGCAUCUUCCACGGAGAACAGACACUGGGUUGAGCACAAAUUAGGACUUGAAGAAAGCCAUCUAAAUAAAGAAAUCACAUGUUUAUGCCAUGAUUUGGCCCCCGGUGCUGUAGUGAUUGCAUAUGACAUCUGGAAAACACUGUGUGCAGAGGAAGAGGAUGUGAUGACUCCGUGUUGAGCAUUGAAGCAUCCAGCUACAUCUCUUUUAAUAGAUUCUCAGGUACCCUCUAGGUGUAGGUUUUUAAUAGCAAAAUGGGGAGCGAAGGUGAGGUGAUAAAUAGGGAGCUGUCAAAGAUGUCUGACGAGGAUCUGCUGGCGUGCUCCAAAGAGGAGCUGGUGAGCCGGCUGCGUAAAGAGGAGUCGGAGAAAAUCUCAGCUCUCAUCCAGCGAGGACGGCUGAUAAAAGAGGUGAACAAACAGCUGCAGGGACACCUCCUCGAAAUCAGGGAACUGAAAGUCAUCAAUCAGCGCCUGCAGGAGGAGAACGUGGAGCUGCGGGACCUGUGCUGCUUCCUGGACGACGACCGGCUCAAAGUGAAGAAGCUGGCCAGGGAAUGGCAGCUGUUCGGGCAUCACGCGGCCAAAGUGAUGCGGGAGGACCUGGGUGGUUACUUGAAAAAGCUCGCCGACCUGGAGCGCAUGCAGGACGGGCUGGUGAAGGAGAACUUGGACCUGAAGGAGCUGUGCCUGGUCCUGGAGGAGGAGUGUGUCAGCAGGAGUGACUCCAGCCCCGGAGGGUCCACCGAGCUCAACCUGCCCUGCAUGGUGGCUCGGGAUCUGGGGGACGGGAGCUCAAGCACAGGCAGCGUGGGAAGCCCGGACCAGCUCCACCUGGUGUGCUCACCUGAUGACUGAUGUCAGAAGCUCUCCACUCGAAUACGGAAUCUGUAGACUAGGGGUGAUGUGAGUGACAGGAUGGAGACACGGAAGCUUUGUCAAACAAUGCAAAUCAUUUUGGUGCAAAAGCAUUAGGGCCUUCUGAAUGCUGCAAAGAUUUGUGUGCCACCAGGUUUUGACUUGACAAAGAAUCUACCACUAUUGACAUUUUCAGGACUUUAAAGACAUUUAAUAGAUGUUUGCCAGAUGAUAAUGUAUCUAAAUUUUACAGUGUUUUUUCUAAUGACUCCCCUGUUUGGGGGAAUUCUCAUUUUUCAGUGGUCUGUUGUUGGAAAAAAAAAAAUAAGAAAUGGGACCAAAAAAGUGGGUCACAUAUAUAAAUUUAUCUCAUGCACUGGACUAGCCUACACUGGUAGAAGCCUUGUUUUCUAUUGCACUGGACAGCGUUACCAUGGGUCUUUAAAUCACCGAUCUAAAGAUUCAUUUCAAUCCAGUUUUGAGCCAUAUUUAGUCCACUGAAUUCCAAUAGCACUGAAAUAGAUGAGUUGUGAUAAAAGGAAAAAAAAUGAAACUAUUUGAUAUUUGCUUUUGCUAGACGCCCAAUAAUGUGUAAUAUUUUAUGCACUCUCUUCCUCAGGACAGGAUUGGAGUGCCAUAUGUGCAUGAUGAUUGUCACAAUUUGUACAGGCCUGUUAACCAGUCUGAUGUGAAGGCCCUUCAGGUUUAC